UCAAGUCUAUCGUAGAUAUGAAUAAAGCAUAUUAAAGUUGCUUUAUCAUGUGACCAUACUUGAUAAUUUCUGACAUUCUGAACUGGGGUUCCUGUUGAGUCUAUAUUUGAUAUAUAGUAUAUCAUAUUGUGUUCUUAUUUGAUGUAAUACCACUUCAUGCGACGUUUUAAACGUAUUUAUAAAAAGCCACAGUUUUAUCGACAAGGGUAAUCAACUCGGCGUUCUUGUCAGUGUUUUCAAUGAGGGCAUUAACACCACUUUGGAAUUUGUUAAAUAAUGAAAGUUUUAUUGAACGAACAGAAAAAAUGACCGUCACAGCAAUACAAAGUGCUGUUCAAAUAGUCUCCAUUCUUAACAUAACACUGACGUAUCUGGCAGGAGUCUCAGAGUAGGCUAUCAAGAUAUUGUCAGUAUGGAUGGAUGUGUAUCAAGGCCAGAAAUAUAUUUAUAGAACUGGUCUGUUUGUUUCUCUAAACUUUGUGCGAGUUAGUUAUUCAAAUGGAUGGGCUUGCAGGGUACAUAAUUUUGGUUGUCAGCGAUGUAAACCAUAAAAUAUGUCUGUUUGGUUCUCCAGCACAAAAAGAAAGAGACGAUUUGAAAAUCAAGGAUAAAAUUGUUGAAGUAAAUGGAAAAGAUAUUUCCAAUUUCACCUACGUUGAUAUUUUGAAAUAUAUUCGGAAUUGCAUUGAUUCUAAGAAAGUGUCACUGAAAGUAAAGCGCAAUAAACGCAGUGGAGUAAUCGCAUGCAACAACAUACCACCUGGAAAACGUGCAAUAGCUCUUGCAAUUGAAAGUGAAGCAACAUUACGACUUUUACGAUUAACGAAAUUAAAACUUGUAAAGGCAGUUCAUAUUGGAAAUAUACCAGAAAGUGUUGCGGAUGUUAUACGAGGACCUAUCUAUAUUACUGACUUUCCGAAUGUAAAUGAAUUUCAAGAUCAUACGGAUGGUAUUGACAAGGCCUCCGCUAGAACGUUGACCGAAGUCAAAUCAACAUCUCAAAGUGAAUUUAGCUCAACUUCUGAUAUUUUAACUUCUACCAAAGACUCUUCAAAAACUACUCGGAAUAUGGCAUCUGCUGUUAUGCAUCGAGGAGGACAUGCUAAUCAUUAUGGUAAUGGUCAAAUCAAUAUGGACGAAUCUCACACAGAAAUGGCAGUUGACUGUCCUCCGUCCUAUGUAGCUGCCCAUCCUCCAAAUGGUGGAGUAAACACCCCAAGAUUGGAAACUCCGCCCCCAACUCCUCUUGAUUCUGAACUGAUGCAAAGUCAGAAGGAAAAUGUAGAGAAAGAUCUUCAUGCAGCUGCUAUAGCUGCGUCAUCAUUACCUCAACCGGAGAUGGAUCUGACCAGGAUACACAGAAUGAGAGAAUCUAUGAGGAGGAAAAAAGAACUUGAAAAAAGAGACAGAAAAGUCCGUCAGGAUAUGACUAAAGAAGAUAAUGCAGAAAAAUUAAGAAAAAUGAAAACAAUGACACCAGAAGAGGAAGCAGCGGCAAAUAAAAAAGGUGUUUUCAAUCUUGGAUAUGAAGAUGAUGAUACGUCUGAAGCAGAAUCUUCAAUACAAGAACCGUCCACAUUAAAUAUUGAAGGUGUGUUUGCUGCAUUACGAGAAAUAUCCAGAGAAACAAAUGAUCCCUCCAUAUCUGCUGAUCUCAAGUUUAUUCAAAGCAUGAUGCACAAUGAUACAUUUCAAGAGUCUGUUGAUCUUCACAAUACAAUUUCAAAGAAAACUGUUGAAGCAAAAACAUCGUGUCUACCUGUACAAUUGAACGUUUCACCCCUUAUUGAUGAGGCUGAUGAUGAUUUAACAUCAAGUAAAGAUAGUACAGCAAGAGAACUGGCUGGUAUAUUAUCAAAACAUCAUAUGAGGGGUGUUAUAAAAGCACACGAUGGUGUUGCACAGUUUGCAAAUAUACCUCCACCGCAUCCAAGCGCAACACAACCAGUGGAUGCAGAAGAUAAUCUUCUAUUACAAAAUGCUGCAAAAUAUACAACAAAACCUGCUAAGAUUGUUCGUGUCAACAAAACUAAUAUUCCACUGGGAGCAACAGUUCGUGUAGAAGAGGAAGAAGGAAAUGUUAUCAUCAGUAGAUUAGUCGUCGGUGGAGCCGCUGAAAAGUCUAAUGCAUUACAUGAAGGAGAUGAGAUACUGGAAGUCAAUGGACAGCCAAUGAGAGGAAAAGAUGUCAAUGAAGUAGGAGAUGCUAUAAGUGGAAUGACUGGAUUACUUAAAUUUCUCAUUAUACCUGCUGAAGGACAAUUAAAUGGAAAACCUAAUGCUCUCAAUAUUGACAUGACCAAAGAACCAGUGAUGCAUGUGCGAGCUCUCUUUGACUAUGAUGCAUAUGACGAUAUGUAUCUUCCAUGUCGAGAACUCGGUCUCUCAUUCCAGAAAGGAGAUAUUCUACAUGUAAUGUCUCAUGAUGACCAGGACUGGUGGCAAGCAUACAGGGAAGGUGACCAAGAUCAUCUAACUCUACCAGGAUUAAUACCAGGACAAAACUUUCAACACCAACUUGAAGUUAUCAGGUUGAAUAUUGAGAAAAAAGAUGAACAACCUGAGGUUAAAAAAGGAUUCAUGUGUGGCCGAGGCAAACGACGAAAGAAGAAAACAAAAACAAAAAGGAAAGAAAACAUGUUGGAUAGUGUUAGUGAAUCUGGUGACGAAAUAGAAGUAUAUGAAGAAAUGGCUCUUUAUCAUCAACCUGAAUCAAAGAAACGUCCAAUAGUAUUGAUAGGACCUGCAAAUGUUGGACGUCAUGAACUAAGACAAAGGCUUAUGGAGAAUGAUAGGGACAGAUUUUCAUUCGCCAUUCCCCAUACAACUCGGCCAAGAAAGGACAAUGAAGUAGAUGGACAAGAUUAUCAUUUCAUUUCAAUGAAGGAUUUUGAAACAAUGAUUUCAGACAAUGAAUUUCUUGAGCAUGGAUCAUUUCAGAAAGAUUUAUAUGGCACAACUAUCGGUGCAGUUCGCAAAGUCAUCGAUUCAGGAAAAAUUUGUGUCAUCAAUUUGCAUGCAGAGUCAUUGAAAUUAUUGAAGAAAACAUCUUUGAUGCCUUAUAUUAUAUUCAUUGCUCCUCCAACGCUCGAACGUCUACGUCAGAAUGUUUCGAAAGAGGGAAAACAAAUCAAAGAAGAUGAAUUAAGAAAUAUUAUCGAAAAUGCUAGAGUUAUCGAAACAAAAUACGCUCACUAUUUUGACGAGACAAUACGUAAUACAGAUCUUAGUCGAUCCUACGCUGAACUCCUUAGACAUAUUAAUAAACUCGACACAGAGCCACAAUGGGUCCCUGCCGCUUGGCUUGAUUAAUCUUUUUUCAGUCUUUCAGAAAAAUUCAAGGUUUCUUUUAAUCUCUACGUUUUGAAUAGUUUUUCAUGCUUGUUCAUUGGAGCUUUUAAAGAAAAACGCUUUGUGUUUCUGAUAGGCAAUUUGUGUCUGUUAAUGCAUUAUACAGCUUUGACACAUGACUUUGCCCUGUGAAUUUUAGUUGAUGUCCAAUUUUGUUAACUUCAUCGGAAAAGUUUCGCAUCCCAUGUUAUGCUCAUAUUUCAAAAUCUUCUGUACACUUUUUCGUUGGACAUCAUUGCCGAUAGAAUUCUGGUUAAUACAUAUAAUCUGAAAGCGGUACAAAAUGAAUUCUGUAAUGUUGAGAAAUUCAGUCUUCCAUCUUAUGGUAACGCUCCAUUUCUGAUAUCACCGGUCGUUUUUACCAGCUACAAGCGUAGUAGAUAUCUAUCCAUAUACUAUAACUUUGUUUACUAUUUUUUUUUUUCAUUUCUCUAUUUCUUCACACAUUGCAUAUUUUAUGCUAAAUAUAAUAAUAAUAAUUUGUAAUUCUAACAUGACUCACAACCUGUUUCGCAACAGGCUUUAUGAACCAUCUUCUAAUAAUUCCUGCAUGUUUUUUUUUAUUUUACGAAUUACUAUAUACAAUCAUUUUUAUAUCGCUGUAUAGCCAACUCUAUUUUAGAUAUCAACGUUUUGUACAAUGAUAAUAUGGUACAUAUCGUAGCAAUGGUACAGAAUGGUAAUGUAACAUCUCACUUAAUUCAAUUUUGCCAUAUGCAUAAGCCAUUUUUGGCUAGACUUAUCUUGAAGGUAAAGUAGUUCCAUUAUUGCAUGAUAAGUCGAUGAAAGUGUGGCAUUGAAUUUUCUAAUGCACACAAAUAAUAUAAGUAUGGAUUUUAACUGUAAAAUGGUUUUAUAUUAUAAAGAACAAAAGGAUAAGUAUCAUGAAAGUUUUUUUUUUUGAUUCCUUCAUAGUUUUAAUGUUUUGUAUUUUUAAAUACAUUUAAAUACAGGUUUUAAUAAUGCACUCGAAGCAUGUUUUAAAAUUCCCAAUUGUGUUUUUAGUUUAAUUUUUUAAUCAUAAAAGGUUUAAUGUUAAAGGUAAAAGGUUUUUUUACAAAUAUAUCAACCCAAUGAUUGCAUAGAAAAAUUCUAAUGCUAUUCAAAUCACUACACCCAAAUUUUAUCCAAUUUAUUCGGGGGGUCGUGUUGCGAAAAUCACUUGCAAAUUCUAAAACUCGUACUCAAUUUAUUUGGACUUAUAUGCUCAUCCCAAUUGUAUGAAUACUCUAACCUUCUGCCGAAGUAUUUAUGAAUCCCACUUCAUAUUUGAUUAAUGUAACAAACUUCUACAAUUUCUGAAUACUGCACUCCUGUUGCCCGUUUGUCAGGAAAGGGGCCACAAGGAAACAUUACUUCAUAUAAACAUCUAAAUUGUGAUUUUUAUACUUUUUUUCGGACCAACUAUUAUAAUUGUGAUUUUAAUCCAUUGACCAAUUUAAAAUUUUAUUUGUCAAAUUUUAUAACAAUCAACAAAAAUUUUAUUAUUGUUCAGCUCAUAACAAUCAAAUUUAUGGUGCUAUACUAUAUAAACCAUAUCUGAUAUUGUUCAAUAGCUGAUUAGUUCGUUGGGCUGUAAAUACUGGAAUCUUAAUAAGGUUAUAUCAUUUUUGGACAAUUGAAUGUCUGUAAUUUUCAAUUUUGACUAAACUUUGUUGCGAUAAAAAAAGAAAGAAAUUUUUAAAAAUAUUUGUUUAAAGCGUGUGAAAUGAUUUGACUGUAUAUUCUGGGUAUACCCUAAACCCCAUGUAGUGAGUCAAAUUGAUAAUAGAGCUAAGUUUGUCUCACUGACAGAUGAGUAUGACCUUGAGUCCAUUCAUUUAGAUGACUUGAGUGACUUCCUCAACCUCCAAACCAGUUCAUACAGUAAUGUUACAUAAAAAAUUAAAUAUAGUAAGCUGUCCUUCAGGUGCCUUUUUAUGUUUUUGUUUGUUUUAAACGUUCAGUUAUGUAUCUGCUGAACUUAGCUUCUGAGUUAAUCGCUCAUAGUGUUUACGUUUGGUCCUUCACUGCCUAUCAUUGUCUAUUAUUCAGUUUAUUUUACAUUAAUCUACACCUAUCAAGAUUAACCCUAAAUUUUUAAGCUGUUUUACAACAAUUUGGAUUUCAGUAUUGGUGAUUUUAUACCCCACUUCUAAAUUGGAUUACAUGUUUUUUUUAUCUUCUGUGGAAUGUUGCAUAAAAGAACGUCUGAUAAACUUUAAGUUGUUACAAAAUUUGAUAUUUUACGAGUACGAGACCUAUCACAAUUCACCAAUAGUGAUUCACUCUGGAAGUGAAGACAAUUUGCAUCUUUUAUCAGUGCCAGAGUUACCUUGUGGCAUUUGGGCGAACUUUUAUUAAUAAAUUUGUGCUACUUUAUUUCAAUAAUGAUAAACUUCUUAGUGUUUUGUUUCUCUACCUCGCUUAUCAAUAUAUAUUAUCCAUUGUUGAGUUCAUCCGUCUAUGUCUAUGGUAUAUUUUCUAAAGCUAAUUCAUAAACACUACGAGUUUUAUAUCACAUUGACCUUCCUAAUUGGACGUCGUCUUAUGUAAAAUUUUGACUUUUCCAUUUGGAUACCAUAGAUGAAUCACACCUAUUUGUGGACUUCCCUGUUAACUUGAGAUUCGAUUUAACCACAUUUAGAAAAUCCCUGUUUCCACUUGAAUUCGGCUCAUAUUGAACAUUUUAUCACUUAAAAAAUGCCAUUUAAUAUGUAUUGUAAAACAUGCUCUGAGCUGGUAUUUAUAAAUAAAGCAUUUCGAGAAUAGAAGUUUUGAGAUAAUAUCAAGUAUUUGAUUUUGCAGUAACUUUUUAUUUUGUUAUGCAUAAUAUAAUAUAUAUUAUUAUUUCGUUCUCUCUAUUAUCAUAUUACUUUUCGUUUGUUUCGUGUAGGUUUUGUAUAAUAUUAAUACAUUAACUAACAAAAGUGCUAUAUUUUGAUGUUUUUAAUACGCGCCGACUAUAUACGGUACACUUUUUUUUACAAAAAUAUUCUUUAAGGUUGUUGUCAGUGUUUGGUAAUGUAUUAUAUAUGUAGUUUUGAUUUCUGCAUGAUCUAGCGGGUCUUAUUAAUUGUUGAAAACAGGUGAAGUUGUGAUUAAAGAUACAAAAGAGCUAUGGAGAUCAGUAACAAAAGUACUUCGACCGUUUCCUAAGCCCAGUCUGGAGAAGACGCCAAACGUGUUUAUGGAUUUAUUUAAUUUCGGACAACUUAAAUUUUUCGCUUUGGUGUCUGGAUCUCAAUACUCGUACGAGUUUUUUCAAGAAUAGUUAAAUAAUAUAGACGAAUUUUUAUUCAAAAUUUGCCACAUAAUUAUAUUCAAUAAUAGUAAUUAACCAUUGGCAUCUUCGGAAUAACCCAAACUGAUUGCUUUUGCCCACUGAUUUGGCAUUUUUUUCUUGGACGCUCCAAAAAGUGUUGGUUGCAAGUUGCAACCAAUAUGUAAAUAAACUUGGGAGCUCCAGAAGUAUGCGCACCAAGAUGGCGCAUAACCUGAACAUAGUAUGUGUGUACCGGUUAGGAUUCACGUUGUACGACAUCUUGGUGCGCAUACUUCUGGAGCACCUAAACUUGGUUAUUGGAAUUGGCAAAGCCUACAAAAUGUUCGUCGGAAAUAUAGUCCCUCGCUCUCGAGUAUUUUGACAGUGGUCUUCUAUGGAUUUUUCUUAGAUAACCCACACGACUAAUCAUGUUUUGUAACUGCAUUUUUAUUGUUAUUAUGAGAGUAUCAUAUUACCAAGUAUGGACUUAGUAACGUUCAUCUUGCAAUGCUCGAUUCGUCCUUUGUCUGGAUAAAAUGUUGUAAUUGUUUUGCAUAGAGUACUUUUUAUUUUAUCUUAUUCUUCUAAUUGAGGUUCUUUAUUGUCAAAAAUUUCUUUAAAAAGCAUUUACGCCCUUAUUCACCAUUUCAUAAUAAUUAUAAUAAACCCUUCGUAAAUAACACAAAGCUA